AUGUAUCCAGAGCGCCGCCCGUAUGCCUCGGCGGUGACCCAUAGUGGUUACUUAUCAAGGCCAGUACUUCCACCAGUGGAUGCCCUGCGCAUUCUAAACAGCACAGUUGGAAUGGAUGUCCCCCGUUCACUGCGGCAAGAAGCCGCUCUCUCCGCACCACGACCCUUCAGCGCCAGUAAAGCUCUUCCAACACGUGCUAUUCAGCUGUGGAAACCACCCACACUGGAGUCUGCCACGCCAUUUACUUUUAAAGAGAAGGAAUAUCAUAACUCUCAGCAGAUUGCUCUAAAUGCACAACUCAAUAAUGCUAUAGAGGAACUCUUUAAGACAUGGCAUCGCAAGGUUCGUGAUUUGCUACUUUACCUUAACGCCUAUCCAGCACAAUGCGCCACAUCCAAUACGUUAACCACUGAUGCGUUGGAGAAUUACUUUCAAGGGUAUCGUAGCACCGAUGUGCCUCCCAUGUCGGAGGAACGAUUGGUGCAGGACUUUCAUCUCGCCACCACACCCGAUUUGCUGCACGCCAUUCAGUCAGCCCCAACAUUGCAGCGAGAUCGUAUUCGCCGUACAUUGGAUACACUUCUGAACGCCCAUCACUUCUUGGCUCCACUGGAACACUACGUGGAGGAAUUGGAACCACUUGCGGGAUUGGCAUUACCAGAUGAACCUCAUGAGGGGAAUGACGGUGUGGCUCAAGGCCCUGUGUGGCUGAGCAAAGCAGCCGUUUCUCUACAUGAGAAGUUUCACUAUGAUCCAUCAGAGUAUACAAUGAAGGAGUUGCGAAAGACAGAUGCACCUAUUGAGAGAUUGGAACGACGAGUCUUGGAAACAAAGGAACAAAAAGAACGUGCCAUUGAUAAUGAACUUCCAGGAGAUGCGCUACACCAUUUGACGACACAAGUGGACCUCAGUAAUGAUCUUUUGCUUAUGAAUAAGGCUCGAUUAGAGCUUGUACAACUAUACUCCAAUGAUGUAAAUGAGCUUAGGUCGCUUGUGGAUACUAUCAUUGAUGAUGCACGUCGAACUGUUGAAUUGCUAAAGGGACGUAUUGAUCGUGAUCUUCCUUUGGUGAAGAAAGAUUUGGAAACUCUUCAUCAAGACAUACAAAAUACAGGAGAACACAUUAAUUACCUGGAGAAGGAUGAUCAUGAUGCUAAGAUAACUGCCCGUAAGGAUUUCCGUAAGAUUGAAGAUGAAGAAAAAGAUCUUUGGGCUUUACUCCUUCAGACGAUGCAGAAACUUGUAAACAUUUCUAAUGAAAAGGAUGAAUUUGUAAAGAAGCAGAUGCGACUCCGUGAACAAAGGGCACGGGAUAUGGCCUUGGCAAAUGAACUCUUAAAGGCACAACAGAUGUAUUAUGAUCGCUUACGCAGUUGUGAAGAAAGCCUUUGGCGUUGGUCCGAUACAGCUGAAGUAUAUGAUAAGUAUGUGGAGGCCUAUGUACCAAAACUACUUAAGAAAGUACAUGAUGUGGAGGAGGCAAGCCAAACACUAUACAACCGUGAAGCACAAGAUUACGUGCGUCGUUAUGAAAUGUUUGAAUACGCCGUGGAAGAAGGCCGAGCCACACGUCAAGUGCAUGUGGAUCGAUUAAAGACUCAUCAACGUUCACUCUUGUUGGAUGUGGAGCGGGCUGCGUCUACUCUGGAUCCACAUCUUGACAAGUACCAGAAGGAAAUGAAUGAACGACAGGAAGAAUUGGAUGAGGCCCAGGCGUACAUUGGUCUUGUGGAGAGUCUCGAACAAGAACGACGUGGAGAAGUGGAGCCCAUCCUCCAACACGUCAUUUCAUACAAUCGCACCAUUCAAUCCCAACACGCGGAGUUGGAGGGCACGCCAGAGCGACUGCAGUUGCGUGAUAAACCCGCCAGCAGCACCAGCACCACUCAAACCGCGGCGGACGUGGAGGCACAUGCCUCCGCCUCCGCCACCACCACCGCAGCGAUCGCCUCGCCUCUCGUGACGACUGGAGCCCCUAGCUUGGGUGUGGAAGCCACUACUACUACUACUUCCUCAAUGAUCCCACGCAAACCAGAAGAGGAAAGAACAACACCAACACCAACAACAACAAGACAAUUGGCUCGGGGGGCCGAUGGAGAGCCGAUUGUGGCAAUGACGGAUGUGCAGGACUCCGUGAGUUUCGCCUCCGCCCCACCGCAAACAGGCGCCCUGCGAUUGCGGCAGACGGGAACAACAAUGCUGUCGGAUAAUGUCAUGAUGGCCACCGUCGCCCACCCACACGUCCAGGCACGCACUGUUGGUAUUAAUCACGAAGAGGCCUUUGUGGAGAAGUUCAGACGCUUUGCCGAGAAUGAACAAAACGCAGUGGAAGGAGCAGCAGCAAAGAUACGACAGGAGCGGCAAAUGGUGGAUAAACUCAGUCUAAAGUAUGAUAAUGCGGAUUAUCUGAAAAUGCUUUUUACCUCUUCAGAAAGGGGCGGCAGGCCACACACAGCGGGACGAUAA